AUGCUUGAUGCGCACGAGUAUACAGUGGGCUGGAUUUGCGCCAUCACUGUCGAGUAUGUAGCGGCCAAAUCUUUCCUCGAGGAAACAUACGCGGUUCCAGAAUACGUGUCAGCCAACGACAACAACAACUACACCUUGGGGAAGAUCGGACAGCACAAUGUAGUGAUUGCCGUUUUACCGGACAAGGGAUAUGGCCUUGUCAAUGCAGCCACAGUUACGACAGAUUUGCUGCACAGUUUUCCAAACGUGCGCAUAGGACUCAUGGUCGGCGUCGGUGGCGGUGCGCCAAGUGCGAGCAACGAUAUCCGUCUGGGAGACGUGGCCGUCAGUUCUAGCGUGUUCCACUUCGAGCCUCGCAAGCUUCUUCAGGACGAGGAGCCUGAAUUGUGGGGACCGCUUGAUCGACCGCCGAUGGCGAGGUAUACGCUGGAAGGGCAUACAAUCGAUUCAGACAUUGAUGAAGUCCUUGAGCGCUAUCCGCACAUGAGGAGAGUGUUCAAACGGCCAGAUUUGGACAGUGAUAGGCUGUUUCAGUCAGAUAUCACGCAUGGAUCCUACUGUAUGGACGACCAGAGUUGUUGCACGGAUCCAGCCAAACUGGUCCAACGCCAAGAGCGCGAGGACAGGCCCGAUAACCCUUCCAUCCACUAUGGUGUUAUCACAUCUUCGAAUAUGGUCAUGAAGGACGCUCUCAAGCGAGACGAUCUAGCCAGGACGAGGGGGGUCAUUUGUUUCGAAAUGGAGGCGGCCGGUUUGAUGAGCUUGUUUCCUUGCCUUAUCAUUCGCGGCAUAUGCGACUAUUCAGACAGCCAUAAGAACAAGGCAUGGCAGGGGUAUGCUGCGAUGGCGGCAGCUGCCUAUGCAAAGGAUUUGCUCAAGCUCGUUCCGUUAACGAGGGUUGAAGCGGAGAGGAGGAUGACUGAUAUCCUGGCGGAAGUCCCAGAGAGCAUGGCUAGAGCCGAAGCGAAUGUUCAGAUCAUACGGUCAAAGGUGGAGAGCGAUGGAGACCGCGAGAUCCUGGAAUGGCUCAGCCCCGAGGAUUAUAGUUCACAGCAGAAUGACUGUAUCAGUACCCGAGAACCUGGAACGGCCCAGUGGGUAUUUGACGCGCCGGAAUUCAAGCAUUGGAUGGAAAGCGAGGGACAGGUUCUGUUCUGUCCAGGCAUACCCGGGGCCGGAAAGACGAUCAUCGCCUCGACCGUCAUCGACUAUCUUCAAAGGAGUUUCAGUGACGAUACAGACAUAGGUUUGGCAUACGUCUACCUGAAUUACAAGCGACACGAGGCCCAGCAAUUAGAUCAGCUGCUCGCCAGUUUGCUAAGGCAAUUAUCCGAGACCCAGUCCGCUUUACCCGAGAGCGUCAGAGAGCUAUACAACAAGCGACCCAUGAAGCGACCAUCUGCUGACGCUUUGCAAAAGACCAUCCUUAAUAUAGCAACCACGUACUCAAGAUCGUUCAUCGUAAUUGACGCGCUCGACGAGUGCCAAGCAGCGGACCGCUGUCGCGAUCAAUUUAUCAGUGCGAUACUCGCCCUCCAAUCUCAGGGCCACGUCAGCAUUCUUACCACGUCAAGACCAAUCCCUGAUAUCGCGGAACAAUUCAGAGACAGUGCAGUGCUGGAAAUACGGGCGAGAAGCGAAGAUAUCCAAAUGUACAUCGACAGGCGCAUAGCAAAGUCCGGAAAGCCCAUUCUUCGAACACACUCCAAGGUGAUCAAGGAUGAGAUCUCGAAGGUAGUCGAGGGAAUGUUUCUCCUGGCGCAGCUACACUUCGACACCAUAAGCACCAAAAGAACUCUUCGCCAAAUAAAAGAUACUCUACGCACUCUCCCUAAUGGACCCAAGGCGUAUGAUCAGGCAUAUGACGAGGCAAUGCGAAGAAUCUCAAGUUCCGACCCUGUGUCUGCCGAGAUAGCCAUGAAAGUCCUGCUAUGGAUAACCUGUGCCAAACGACCACUCACUAUAGUGGAGAUGCAGCAUGCCCUCGCCGUGGUGAUCGGCGAUCGCAUCUUGGAUGAAGAGAAUGUUCUCGAGGUCGACGACAUGGUCUCAACUUGCACGGGGCUUGUGGCGGUUGAUGAGGAAAGCAAUGUCGUCCGUCUUGUCCACUACACCACCCAGGAGUACCUGUUACGAACGCAGGGAAUCUGGUUUCCGAGUGCAGAGGCUGUCAUAACAGAGCAUUGCCUUGCAUAUCUCCACUUCGAUGACUUUGAGACCGGGCCCUGUGGUACUGACGAGGAACUGGACGCGCGACUCCUCGUGCAUCCACUUUAUGAUUACGCAGCACACAACUGGGGCCAUCAUGCUUCGCAUGCUGACAGAGCUGGGGAAGAGUUGAUUCUGGCUCUCCUUGGGAGCCAACCCAAACGGACCGCUGCCAGUCAGGUACUUAUGGCUGCUCGGGGUGCGCGAGGUUAUAGCCAAAGGAUACCUGGCAAGAUCAGCGCACUUCAUCUCGCCGCAUAUUUCGGUCUCGCACAUAUUGCCGCGACGCUGCUUCGGCGAGGGAGCGAACCCGAUCCCAAGGAUACUUAUCGAAGGACACCACUGUCAUUGGCAGCGGCGAACGGCCACUCUUUGCUAGUUUCGCUCCUCCUAGCCACUGGCAAAGUUGACGUGAACAGCAGAGACAAGGACGGCAGAACGGCAGUAUCCUGGGCAGCGGCUCAUGGCCAUACUGAGAUUGUGCGUCAGCUCAUGGGUGAAGUUAACGUUGAUAUUUCAUCCCUCGAUGACCAUCAAAAGGCGCCAUCGGACUGGGAAAACGCCAAUGGCCAUGAUGAUAUCGUGGAACUCAUUACCGCCGGCGCUCAAAACGAACAUCUGAAACCGGCCACCAUAGAGAGCAAAACGGCCUUGGAUCUCCUAAUUCGGGCCAUCAAAAAAGGAAACGAAGCUGCCGUGCGGAUUCUCUUGGCCGACAUUGACAUCAAUGCCCUAGAUUCUUUAGGACGAAGCGCGCUCUCAUGGGCGUGUCGAAAGGGCAUGUUCAACCUUGUCAAAGUAAUUCUCGCAAGAGACGACGUAGUCUUGAGCAGGAGAGAUGUACAUGGACAUUCUGAACUUGACUUGGCAGUCGUCAGUGGCCACGAAGAUAUUGUCAAGUUACUCCUGGAGCGAAACGAGAUCAACCUCAAUGAAGGUCCGACUACGCCUCUCCAUCUAGCUGUGCGCGAAGGGUAUCACACAAUCGCAACGUCUCUCUUGUACCAUGGAGCUAGGCCGGACGCAAAAGAUGCCCUCGGUCGGUCGCCGCUAUGGUAUGCUGCAUCGAACGGCGAAGUGGCCAUCGUCACGUCGCUAUUGGAGGUCACCUCAUCUCCCAUCAACAGUCCAGACCAAGAUGGAGUUACGCCGAUAGAUUGUGCCGUUACGGGCGGCCAUUUGGCUGUGAUGACCGUCUUGCAGACUUAUUCCUAUCAGCAUAGUGUGCCCGACUCCGAUCGCACUCAUGCCGAUUAUGCUCAGACAAUGACUAGAAUCCUUGCCAGCGACGCAUGCGUGGGAGACAUGACUGCUGAAGAUUCUCUAAGCCUGCUCCUCGAGGUAGCUGGGAGAGGCCACAUCGACUUUGUCAGGUGUCUACUACGAAAGGGCAUUGAUACGAGUUUGAUCAACACUGGCUUCAUCAAUUCUGGCCCCAAGCUUCUGCUUGCAUUCCUGCUAGACGUCCACCGUGGGUAUGAGCGAUCCGAUUGGGAGGGGCGAGAUUGUGAUCUCCUGUUUCUCUGGGCUAUGAAGCAUGGUUUUACCGAUGUUACCGAACUUUUACUUUCAGAAAGGCUGCCUGUAUCUGCUUAUAUCUCUUGUAACCCGGCUUUGCUGUCCUGGACAGCACAGAAUGGUUACCUUUCAGCCGUCAAGCAGCUAGUCACAAUGGGCGCAAGCGUCAACGGUGAUAAGCGGCCUCCUCCCAUGCCAGUCGAAGAGAGAAUCAAUAUGCUCGUCACUCACCACCCUCCAAGCUCGCCAAAGGAAGAUGACCUUCGCAAGCGCAGAACCCAUUCAUGGACAAUGGUUGAGCCGCCUAUAAGCGGCAGCGAAUCUCACCUGGAGAGUGCGUCUGACUCAACCGACCACUUUGAGAGGGGGGAUCAUAGACCGACUCGAGCAAGAUCCUUAAGUCUAAGCUUCGAACAGAGUCUGGAAUGGUUGGCGGACUUCAAAAAGGGGACGCCGCUCUUUUGGGCGGCAGCAAACGGCCAUAGACGGGUGGUACGUUUCCUCCUGACGAGGAACGCCCGCAUGCAAUACUGGGACUCUGAAGGACAAACUCCCUUGCUUGCCGCUGUGCAAGGAGGUCACCUUGAGGUUGUGCAGAUGAUUCUUGACGAGGGCGGCGAUGUUGAUCAUGUCUCGCUUAGUCCCCAUGCAAAAGGACUGUCCUUAUUGCAAUACGCCGCCAAAAGCGGGGACGAGAAGAUGGUGGAUCUACUGAUCCGCAAUGACGUUCGAAUCGAAACCGAGCACAGCCAUGAUUUCACAAGGCCCCUGUUCCUAGCCAUCAAGGGUAACUAUACCGCCGCUGCCCAGCGACUGCUCGACGCAGGCGCCGAUAUUGAAAGCGGCGCAGCAAACCCUCAAGACACACCUUUAACGUACUCUUGUUCUCGGAAGAACGAGGAGAUCGUCCGGCUGCUACUUCGGUAUCGGCCGCGAGUAUACAAGGAGACUCUAGUGGAAGCCGCCCGAUGGGGGAACGCGGCUGUGGUACAUGGGCUGCUCGAAAACGUACGGGAAGGAGAGACCGAGACCGAGACCGACGACCAAGAUAAGAAGCCGGAUCAGCUCGCCCCUGCCAUGACGGCCGCCUUGAAGGAGAAGCACACCGACGUCAUUGCAGUCCUUCUCCAGCACAGUCGAGACAACGAACAAAGACGCCGCCGAGCAUCAACAAUGCUGUUCGAAGCAAUCAAGUCCAAGCCCACCGACAUUGGCAACUACGAAGACAUGGCCCAUUGGCUCCUCGACAACGGCGCGGACAUUGAAUUCAAGCAACCCCGCUACGGGAUGAGCAACGCCACCCCUCUGCACUGCGCAAUCGCCCACAAGAACCCCGGCAUGAUGCAUCUCCUCCUCGACAGGGGCGCCGACAUUGAAUCCGGGUCUGCAACUGGCGAGCCCACCCCGCUGCUCCUGGCUAUACGGUAUAGAUGGAAUGACGGCUUGUCACUCUUGUUGGCUCACGGGGUAGAUCUGCAUAAGCCGGACAUUCAUGGUUCGCCGCCACUGAAUUACGCUAUACGCGAAAGUAGCGCGGAUGUCGUGGACACGCUCGUUCGCUUUGGCGCCAGUUUAACGCAGGAGGAUGGCGAGGGCAGGACUGCGACGGAUGUUGUGGAGGACGUGGGAGUGCAACGCUCAGACAAGAUCAUGGCCCGUCUUCGUGACAUACUUGGCAUGCCCGCGCCGAAGCCAAAGUGCCUUUUUGGCGGCAUUCAGUCCAAUGACAUAUUGCGCGUCCCACGAUCGGAGAUAAUUGAGCAGGUCCGCAAGGAUAUGGCCUCUGAAGAUGACGCGGAGGACAGGUGCCGCGCCCAAAGUGCUAACUGA